CUAAUGGGCAGCUCCGCCAUCCCAAUUCCAAACACUGCGUCACCUUCCUUCCUAGUCUACACCCCUAGCUUACCUGAUACCAUGACACUGGAUCUACCCAUCUCGCGACAGCUGCUAACAUUCUUGCUCUCUCUCCUCGCCAAUAGGACACUCCCUGGCUAACCCACAUGUCCGUCCCUCGCUCCCGGCGCAGCGACCAGCUGGACUCGUCCUCAUUCCUCCAUCCUCUUCCGAGCAGCCCGUCAGGGAACAGCGCAUACCAGGAUGGCAUCUCACACACCCCCUCGGGCGCCCCGAACCCGACCUACGCCGCCUUCUCCCCCACGACCCUGAGCUCGACAACCCCCAGCGCGACGUCGGCUGCAAAGAGGAGGAGCACAAUCUUGGUACACCAGAAAUCGCCUUUGCUGCUCGCUACGCCCCCGCAGAUCACCCGCGCCCUGGCUUACAGCCAUCCCUUUAUACUGUUACUGAAUAAACUGGUCGGUCUUCUGAGCUGGACAUCGGGUGACCCGUGGGAGAGUUUCCUGCUCCUAGUUGUGUUCUGGGCGACCGUGCUGUACGGCGAUGUUGUCAUCCGCCUGGCCGGCCCCGUCGUUCUCGUGCUGAUGCUCAUCGGCGGCAUGUAUGGUCGGCGAUUCAGCCCGCUGAGCAGCAGCGGACGGACCGAGCCGGGCCUGGGUUCAGGCGACGGCAGCACUCUGGGGACAGGCGAGGGCAACUCGGGCAAGAACGGGAAGAAACAGACCAGGCAGAAGAACCUCUCGGUAGACGGCAUUCCCGACAGGGCGGCCAAGACGGGAGGGUCGAGCACGGGAACGGGUGGCGCAAAGCCAGGCGGCCAUAAACGUUCCCACAGCGCCGCCCACGCCGAGACAACUAAUACUCGCCACCAGAAGACGCUCGACGAGAUGGUCGAGACUCUCAGGGAAUUCACCAGCCGCUGCAACAUCCUCCUCGAACCGCUCCUCGAGCUGACCGACUUCCUCAGCACCCAGCGCACGCCCACCAGCGCCACCACCCGCCCGGCACUGACGGCCCUGCUCGUCAGGAUCCUCCUCUGCACGCCGUUCUGGUUCGCCCUCACGCUCCCUCCCUUCCGUGUCAUCACCACUCGCCGCGUCGUCCUGGUCUUCGGCACUCUCGUCCUCGCCUGGCACGCCCGCGUCGUCCGCGUCGCCCGCACCAUCCUGUGGCGCAGCGCCUCCGUCCGGACCGUCCUCGCCCUCGUCACAGGCAUGCAGUUCGAGGGGCCCACGAAGCCACCUGCCGCCACUGUCGUGACCGCAGUCCCCGGCACGCCUGCGACGUCGUCAGCCACGUCGUCGCAGCAGCCGCAGCCGCAGACGCCCUCCUUGUCGUCAUCGUCAUCCGUCGCGUCCGGCGCGAUGGGGGGACCGGCGGCGAAGGCCAACGGGCCACCGCGCGAGUCGGAGCUGACCAAAGCGCUGAGGCGGGCUAGGGGGGGACGCGACGCCGGGGUGAGGUUCACGUUCAUCAUCUACGAGAACCAGCGGCGGUGGCUGGGGCUGGGGUGGACCAAUAGCCUGUUCGCGUACGAGCGGGCUGCAUGGACGGACGAGCGCAACAACGGCGUGCCGCCGAAGGACCAGUUCGAGCUACCCGAGGUCGAGGACGGCGGCGGGAACAACGGCAUGGGGUGGAGGUGGGUGGAGGGGAGCCGGUGGCGCGUCGACGGCGUGCCUGACGAUGCGGUGGCAGGGGCUGGGGAAGAGGGCGAGGGGGAGGGAGAGUGGGACUACGAUGGCGCCGGGGGGCGCAUGGGGUGGGUCUACUACGAUAAUAAGUGGCAGAACGGUCGUCGCGGCCAAGACGGCUGGGGAAGAUGGACCAGACGCCGGAAAUGGUACCGUGACGCGGAACUGGUCGAGGUGAGCGAUGAAGACGACAGCGGCGGUGGCGGCGAGACAGGCGGCGAUGGUGAGGGCGGCGAUAAUACCAACGCCGCCGAUCACGGUGCACCGGCUGCCUCGUCUCAACCCCGCGCCAGCGAAGACGACACGACACCGACCCCGGAGGACAGCCACCCAACCCUGGCCCUGACGCCGUCGUCGUCGUCUACUUCCAAAUCCAGUGGAGGAGGAGCUCCGAUUCCCACCCCGCGGGCGGUCCCCACCGCCGAGGAAGGCCGAAGGGGGAGGGCCCCCGGGGACGCGGACGACGAGCCCGACGACGCCGUGUCGCUGCUCUCGACGUCGUCGCGCUCCGCGACGUCGUCCAUGUCGCGGUCUUCGGCCUCGCGCCGCCACCACCAUCGAGGCGGCGGGAGCGGCGGCGGCGGUGGUGGUUCGCGCCGGGGCAGGCGGCCUAGCGAGCCGCCGGUCAGCGAGCAGCAGCAGGAGGAGGAGGAGGCCGAGGCGGCGGCGGCGCUGUCGAGGCAGCUCGGGCUGGGCGGAAGGGAGGCGGGUGCGGGGGGCGGGGGAGGGGAUGGUUGGGGGGUUGGGGAUGAGGUUAGGAUGGGGUUGGAGUGAGGGGCCUAUUCCCUUCCCUCCUUCCUUUUUUCCUGGUUAUUCCAUAUUGCUGUGAUACACUGGGGGACGUUCAGCAACGGCAGAAAGCUUCUCGGUGCUUUCUGGGUUCCUUUUUGUGCUUCUGUGGC